AUGGCUCCUAAACGCGCCGCUCCGCGCACAGAAACUGUAAAUAGACAAAACAACAAAGGUUAUCAGGACAAGAAAGGUGGGCUUCCUCAAGAAAUCGACCAGCCUAAUCGAAGAAGAAACACCCAACCCCCCCAAACAAUCGAUCUAACUUCAUCUGAUCUUUCUAGCGAAAUUUCGCAAAUUGAUACCCCACGUUCAUUUGAUCGUACAAGCUCCACUGCUUCUCUUAUUGAACUUUCUCCACCUUCUAAGCGAAGGCGUUUGGCCUCAGAGGUGGAUUACUCCUCUAAUUUUCACCAAAAUCCAGACAUUCGUGGUGGUCGAAAAGAUAGGGCUGUCGGCUCUGAUCUCCCACCAUCAAGUUUUGAAGCAGGUCCUGGUUCUUCCAAUCGCCGAAAGACGGGUUCCUGCAACAGUAAACGUCAACGGGGGAAAGGCUAUGUCGGUGGUAGCUCCUCGGAUCAUUCUUUCGUCACUGAUUCAAAUCAACCGACAGCAACUACAGACGGCAGUAAUUGUCUAUCACGGACUGCACUCUCCCGCCCUGUCACCAUGCCUGCUAAUCUGGAAGAUCUGCCUUCUACUUCGAAGGUCUCUACUCGUGGUGACAUAUCCUCCAGAUCACACGAGCCCUCCGGAACCUUUGUAGAAGCAUCGGGAAGUAGCUCUACCGCUACCGGCCACUGGUUCCGCUCUUUCACCUGCUUUGCUAAUUCUGCGGAUGGUGAACAAACUGCUCUAGAUCUUUCCGACGCCACUUCAGCUGUUUUUAAUGUCGAGAAGGGAUUGGUCUGUGUUGAAUUCUUUGCGCUUAGUGAGCGUGCGUGA